AUGUCGAGUGAGGCAAGAUCGGAAACUGAGUCGGAAGGUGGUGGAGGUGGAACGGAUAGGAAAUCGAAACGAAUUCGAAGACGACGUGGCAAUCGGAGAUUCAAACCAUACGGAUUGGUGGAUGAAUGUGAAAGUCUCGAUGGUGACGACACAAAAAGAAAAAGACGAACUCUCGAAAGGUGAGUCCGGGAGAAAAAAAAUAUAGGCUUCUGGAAAAACAUUUCGUUUGACACGUUGCACUUUUAGUUUUUUUUUUUUUUUGGAAAAAAUAAGUUAUAAAAUUUUAUCCAAAAUGUGAUUGGUUACUGUAAACGGUCAUAUGAGAUUUUUGAUGAUCUUGAUCUUUUGAAGUGAAAAAAAUCACAUAAUUUUCUUCGAAAUUUUUUUUUUGACUUGUUUAUACGUGGAUUUUCUUCUAAAUAUUUUGAGAAAAUUUAAUAGGAUUUUUUUUUCAAAAAAAAAAAAACUUUUAGAAGCAAACUCUUCUGUGCUGUAGGAAUUAUUAGACUAAAAUUUCUCUAAUUUUAAUAUCUAAAUUUUUUUUUUGAAAAAUAAUAUUCUGAACUCUAGAAAAAAGGUAGUUUUGGUGCAAAAAAUUCUCGAAUUUUUAGAAAAUUUAGCUUAAUUUAUCAAGUUGCCAGAAGUCCACGUAGGAAAAUGUUUCCCUGGGAUUUUUGAAAAGCCUUCCACUAUUUUCCCAUUAAAAUCUUGAAAGUUUUUUUUCAGAGUGAGCAUGGCUCCAUCAAACACCACCCAAUUUUUGCUUGAAGAUCGUGAAGCACGCGCAGAAGCUGAACAUGAGGUAAUUAUUCGGAAAAAUUAGCAACUUAUACAAAAUCUCAUAUUUACACCCUUUUGGCGGAGGGCCAAUUUGAUUUUCGAAUGGUUAUAUAUGCGCCACGUCUAUUUCUCUUCGUCUCAUUCGCUAUUUCUUUCUCCACAACACAUGAUUGUUUGUGUUGUUUCUUCUUCUUCUUCUUUUUCUUCUCCUUCGUUUUUCCUUCUGCUUGCUGGCUGUGAGUGUAUUUGUGUGUGUGUGACGACCAACGCGUCGUUUUUCCUGUUAGUGAGUGUGAGUGAGAGCGAAAGAGAGUAAUAUCUGUAUAUUUUUCGAAAAUUUUUUGGAAAUUAUAACAAAUAAAAGUGAAGAGGCGAUCAAGACAGUACAUGGUUUUCGUACGGAAAAAAUUCACAAAGAAAAUAAAUCUGAAAGUGUUGACAGCUGUGCAAAUUUUGAAAAAUUGGUGCCAAAAAUUUUUAUUUUUGUUUUCAGAUUUAGCGAAAACACAUUUCAAAUGGCCCGGUUACCCAAAAAUAAUCAUUGUUUAAAUUGGAAGAUUCAUCUCUAGUUAGCUCCAAACUAAUGGAAAUUGCGAAAAAUGUCUGGAUUUUAUAGACCCCGAGAAGAAAACUUGAGAAAUUGACUAGAAUUUUGCUAGUCCCUCCAUUUCUUUUCUCCUCAAUGUCUAUAAAAUCCAGAAUUUUUUUGCAAUUUCUAUUAGUUGGGAGCUAUCUAGAGAUGAGUCUUCCAAUUUAGAACAUGAUUAUUUUUGGGUUUCCGUGUCAUUUAAAAUGUGUUUUCGCUAAAUCUGAAAACAAAAAAAACCAUCUGAAAAUUUUUCGGCGCGAAUUUUGAAAAUUUGCACAACUUUCAGAUUUGAAUUUGAUAAAAGUCAGAAUUCAAAUUUUUCUCUAGAUUUUUUCGUAUUACAUCGAAAAAAAACUUGCAACUUCCUUCUCUUCUUUUCACAAAUCUACACUUGAAAACAUUAAAAUAAGUAUAUUCUGCUUUCUGAUUUUCUCAUCUGUCUGCGUCUCUUUCUCUUUUUCCAAAAAGCGAGAGAAAAAGUGAUAAAUAGAAGGUGAUUAGCAUCUAUCUAGUGCUAAUAAAAAACAUUAUAGUUAAAUAGUUCUGAUCAAACAAAACAGAUUUUUUUACAGUCUGAACAAAAAUAUGAGGCCGCCGAACGUCGUCGAAUUCGAUCAAUCAGCUGUGGAAGUGGCGAUGCAGCGAAUUGUUCGAGUUUUUUAGCUGGAAGCGAUCAGGAUAGUAGUUCGGAGGGGGAAAGUGAAGCUGAUAGAGAUUUUGAUCGAGAUUAUUUGGAAGUUAAGCGGGAGAGGAUUGAGAAAAUGUCGAAAUCUGAGGUAAGGAAUUUUUUCCAUAGAAAAAUCUUAUCAGAAAAAAAGUGAAAAUGAUAAGAGACAUAGUUCAGAUAAAAAAUAUUCAAAAAAAAAAUUUUUCAGCUUGAACAAGAACUGCUAGAACGCGAUCGUGAUCAAGAAACGCUUGUCGAUCAAUGUGGCAAAUUUCGCACGGAAAAUCGUCACCUAAAGGAACUUCUAACUGCAAAUGGGAUAGCAUAUAAAACACAUGCAACAACAUCUUCAGCAGAUUCAUCAUCAGAACAACCAGUCAGCACAAUGUCACCAAAAUAUGAAUCACAAUCACCAACAAUUGCUGCAAGUUGA